AUGAACCACUUCCCUGAAGCUUGGGGUCGCCCCAGGAACGAUGUCUACGGUGCCUAUGAUCACUCAUAUUUGCAGACCACAGGUCCCAAGGCCCAUACCUCAUCCCCUGCCGUGACAGGAACGUCAGUGGUGGGUGUCAAGUUUAAUGGUGGAGUCGUUAUAGCUACCGACAACCUGGCCUCCUACGGAUCCCUGGCUCGUUUCUCCGAUGUGAAGCGUCUGCGGAAAUUCGGCGAUAAGGCAAUGGUUGGCUUUGGCGGUGACGUUUCCGACAUGCAAUAUCUCGACCGUCUCCUCGACUCCAUGGAUAUCAAGGAAAACUACUCGCCUCACGGCAACAUGCUCAACGCCAAGAACCUGCACACCUACCUCGCAAAGGUUUUCUACAAACGACGCUCCGAGUUCAACCCGCUGUGGAACCACGUCCUUGUCGCGGGUUUCGAUGCGGAAGGAGAGCCCUUCCUUAGCUCCGCAGAUUUGCUCGGAACAACAUUCUCUGCUCCUCAUCUGGCUACAGGCUUUGGUGCUCAUCUUGCGGUUCCGAUCCUGCGCCGCAAGUUCCCCGAGGGGACCCCCUUGAACAAUGCCGACAAGUACUCGAUAGCCGUGAUUACGAAGGAUGGUAUUGAGCUGAAGGAGGAUGAGCAGAUUCAGGGUCAGAGCUGGGCCUUUGCCGAAAGAAUCAAGGGAUACGGAGCCCAGACUGCUUAA